AUGGCUUUGGAGCUAGACCCCACACCUGCCUUCAUUCCAUCACUGUACAAACCCGCUGCUCUACUGCCUAUCGCCAGAUAUAGGCAAAAUUUACUGUAUCUUGUUGACACAUAUCCCGUUACAAUUGUUGUUGGGCAAACUGGAAGUGGGAAGACUACCCAGCUACCCCAGUAUCUAGACCAAGCAGGAUGGUGUGCAGAUGGAAAGUCUAUAGCAGUAACUCAGCCGCGCCGCGUUGCAGCCACGACUGUCGCAGCUCGAGUGGCUGAGGAAAUGCGUUGCAGGGUUGGCGAGGAGGUGGGCUAUUCUAUUCGCUUUGAGGACUUGACCUCUGCAACAACAAGGAUAAAGUUCCUAACAGAUGGAAUGCUACUUAGAGAGGCUCUUGUAGACCCACUACUGUCACGCUAUUCAGUAAUCAUGGUGGAUGAAGCACAUGAGAGGUCUCUAAGCACUGACGUACUCUUGGGGAUCCUUAAGAAAAUUUUGAAACGGCGCCCUGAACUAAGAAUUAUCAUCAGCAGUGCAACUCUGCAGGCAGAGGAUAUUUUGAGCUUCUUCGCCGGAGAUCAGUUCCAGAACGAGACGGACUCGGUUGGAAAAGGGGGAGAUGUUGGAAAGAUUAUCAGUCUAGAGGGCCGAAUGUACCCUGUGGACAUGCUUUUCCUCGAGUCACCCGCAGAAGACUACGUCGAACGGGCUGUAAAAACUGUUUUCGACAUACAUCUACAAGAAGCGGAGGGCGAUAUUCUUGUAUUUUUAACGGGCCGCGAAGAAAUUGAUUCGGCAGUACAGUUGAUAUCAGAACGUGUCGCGAUGCUGCAUCCUAGAGCACAAGCACUAGUCGCUCUACCUCUGUACUCCGGUCUCCCAACGGAUCAACAGAUGUACGUUUUCGAACCAACGCCAAAAAAUACACGCAAGGUCAUUGUUUCAACGAACAUCGCGGAAGCUUCUGUUACUAUUGACAGCAUUGUAUAUGUCGUCGACUGCGGCUUCGCAAAGUUAAGGGCCUUUGAUCCUAGUACUGGCAUUGAAACGUUAACAGCAGUACCAAUAUCGAAGGCUGCAGCAGUUCAACGUGCAGGUCGAGCUGGAAGAACUAAACCCGGAAAAUGCUUCCGUCUCUACACCCAGCAGGCUUAUGAACAACUUCUGGAAGCUACAGUCCCAGAAAUUCAGCGGUCAAAUCUUGCCCCUGUGAUCAUGCAGCUCAAGGCAUUGGGAAUAGAUAACAUAGCUCACUUUGACUUCUUGACGCCUCCGCCUGCAGAACUUGUUAUACGUGCAUUCGAACUCCUUUACUCUCUUGGGGUCGUUGAUGAUUAUGCCAAGCUCACUAAGCCACUGGGUAUGCGGAUGGCAGAAGUAGCUGUAGACCCUAUGAUGGCGAAAGCACUCCUUUCUGCACAAUCGUUUAACUGCUUAAGUGAGAUACUUUCAAUUGCAGCGAUGGUCAACUUACAGGGAUCAGUGUGGGUCCAGCACGAGGGUAAUAACAAGGCGACGGAGAGCAGUCGCAGAAGAUUCGCUGUUGAUGAGGGUGACCAUCUGACGAAUUUGAAUGUAUAUCAGGCUUUUAUCACGAUAGGAAAGAAAGACCCCAAGUGGUGCCGAGACAAUCUUCUGAAUUACCGAUCCUUGCAACGGGCAAUGAGCAUCAGGGCUCAGCUUAAGAGAUACCUCGAACGUUUCGGCAUCCGGGUAGAUGAGACACCUUCAUAUCAUCACAAGGCAGAUUCCAGUAGAUACCCUGAAAAUAUCCAGAGGUGCCUCACGACUGGUUAUUUUGCACAUGCUGCAAAGAUGCAACCAAACGGAACAUUCAAGUCUGCUACUGGUGGCCGUACUCUACAUGCUCAUCCCAGUUCGUUGAUGUUCAAUCGAAAAGCGGAUUGGGUUAUUUUCCACGAGAUAUUGCAAACAGGUGAAAAGAUAUUCAUUCGGGAUAUCACGAAGAUCGAAAAGGGCUAUCUUCUGGAGUACGCCCCCAAUUAUUACAAAGUCAACUAA